UUAGACCGAUGAAGAAAUGGUCAAAAAGUGGUCGCUGUAUAUGACGGCCAAACCGGGCCUACAGUUCCUGUAUUGGGCCAAAUGGGCGCUCGCAGUGAUCAUUGUCUGGAUCAUCACUUUACUGGUCCGGGAAGUGGAGUUCACGCAUCAAAUCAAUGAGCCAACAGUGGCCGCUCCUAAUGACGACGAGAUAUUCCUCGACAUCAGCCAAACGGUUGAUCUGCCGUUUCAACAGGACUUGAGUUUCUCGAUUAGCGAUGGCAUCAAGAGUGGCAAAAAAGUGGCCAAUUGUGGUCUACCGAUGGUCUGUCAGAAUAAUCAAUUCGCUGUCCAUCUGUUCACCGGAAGAGAUAAUCAAAUUUAUCCCAAACUCUGUAUUGACGGCAAUUAUGUUCUGGACAAAGGUCUGAACGGUUGCGGCCGUGGAAUCAAUUUGGUGAUCAUUGACAAUAUGACCCGAUCUAUACUCCGAGUCUCUAAUUUUGACACAUAUGAGAAAGAUUCCCAACCGUUAGAGACACUACUAUUGACGCUAAGAGUUGGCGAUAUAGUGAUUAUGAUAUCGUUUGAUGAGCCGACCUCUAAACUUUCCAAAGUGGCAAAAUUGCUUUUGCAUCAAAUGGGCAGUAAUUGGGCUCAGAAUCUCAUUUAUAGGAGCAGUUGGUAUAUAAUCACUCAGAAAGGCAUCGAUGGCUACACUCCAUACGAAAACUUAAAUCUUCCCAACACUGGAGGGUGGGCUGACUCGCAUGAGAUCAGGAUCUGUGUGCCCCUCAAGAUAAAAGGGUUGUCCGUACAGCCGGACCCCAUCCUAGACCGCAAUCCAAAGAGAGCUGAAUUCUGUGCCAAAUAUUACAUACACUUCCCGUUGUUUUGCGAGGGCAAUGUUGUGAACGAUCCGCUAAUCGCUGCCCGUAUUCUCAAAUUCUUGCCAAUCAGUGGCGAAAUCGUGAGGACACCGAUCAUUGUGUUGACGGCACAAACUUACGCACAAAACGUCUAUUUGUCGCUUACGUUGGAAACGCUUAUACGUCAGCCGGGAAUCACUCCCAGAAAUGUCAUUGUCUUCUAUAACUCCAUCAGUUGUCCGUCGAUCGCAUAUUUAGCCGAAGUCUUUGACUUUAUGUCCAAUGAUUUGUCCGAUUUUGGCGACGAUUUGGAUGAAGUCCGGCGCACAACCGAAAUGCUCUUUCCGGACGCCAAAGCAUUUAUACUCAUUGAUAUGAAUACCAUAUUAGCGCCCGAUUUCUUGCCAUUUAUGGGACAGUUAUUGCCUUUUCUAUUGACCAAAGGGUCGGACAUUGAGUCCAUAUCCGCCUGGAAUGACAAUGGAUUCGAGAGUGUGUCCAACGACUCCAGUGUUGUCUAUCGUGUGAACGCCGGCCACUAUAAGCCCCGAUUCGCCGCCCUUUUUCGUCGUGGCUUUGCGUUUAACAUUAGCCCCAACUUUCUCUGGUCUUUCGUAGACAACCUCAACAGUAAUCACGACAAUAACAUUAUAAUACCCGACGUUUCGCGUGUUUUGUAUGUAAACCCGGACUUGAGUUCCGCACCGAACGAAGUGCAGGACGAAGAGGAGGUAUUGAUUAAAGCGUUUGAAUUGGGCGAUGGACUCGCGUUUUACGCACAAAGUAUUGGCCAAAUGGUCAACAAGAGUACGAUUGCGUCGGAUGUGAGACACUUGGAGGCACUGUUGGUCUCAAGAAGUAAUAAUACAAAACACGUGUACUCUAUUAGCUGUGAUAGUGAACUGCAAUGUCGGCAACUGUGCGGCGAUUUAGGUCUCGCCAAUUGUCUGCCGCAUUUGGUUAUACCAAACAUCGGGGGAGUUAUUAAGUAA